UUAUUGCACUAUCCAAUGGGUAACAAAAUCAGCAAUUUGUGCCUUUGUUCUGCCGGCACCGGAGAUAUCUCCGGCAGGUUACAAAACACCUUUACCUUGUUGUCCAAGAAACAUGACAAAGCUAUUUGCAACUCUAUCAGCUAUGUAAGACCGAACCCACCUCGAAUCUCCAACGAUACAUUCUCUGACGACGAUGAUACCACCCUCAUGACUUUCCGGUCAGUGGCCGGCGCCACCGUGAGUGCAAACUCCUCAUCAACACCUUCCAUUUCCCUUGAUGACUCUCUUCAACAUAGCACUGUUUUGGAUUCAUCUGCUUCUUUUGAGAGCUUUGGUUCCUUUACUUCCACAAUGAUGCAUCCUCAAUACCAAAAUCCGCAUAAUCCUCGUACCUCUUCUGUGUGUACUUCCAUUGAAGAAGGGUUAUCUUCGAGUCCUUUCGAUCGUGUGUUUAAUUCUAAUUCCAUUGAGAAAUGUUUAGAACAAAUGAAGGUGAACAAGCCUAAUAAGAUCAGCUUGAAGAAGGUUCUUGGUAGGGUUUUCUCUAAUGCAGUAUCUUUUGGAAAAGGUUCAUUUUUUAAGAAAAAUGAUAAUGUUAAUGCUAAUGCAAAUGCAAGAGUGAGUUGUAGUACUAGUUUGAGUGAUGAGUUGAGAUUGCAUGAUAAUAACUAUUUGGAUGAUGAUGGUGAUGGAUGUGGAUCUGAUAAUUUGUUAAUGGUGUGUGAGAAUCUUCAUAUGGCUCAAGGAAAAGGCGGUGAAGAUCGUAUGCAUAUUGUGAUAUGCGAAGAUCAUGGAUGGGUUUAUGUCGGAAUUUAUGAUGGAUUUAAUGGUCCUGAUGCAACUGAUUAUCUUCUUCAUAAUAUGUUUUAUGUUGUUCAUGACGAGCUUAAAAGGUUUCUAUGUAAUCAAAAUAGUAAAAAUGUGAAAAGUGAAGAUUUUAGUCACUCGGAUGUGUUGGAAGCUCUUUCUGAGGCAAUGAGGAAAACUGAGAAUGCAUUUUUGAAGAUAAUUGAUGAGAUGAUUGCUCAUAAUCCUGUUUUGGCUAUGAUGGGAUCUUGUGUUUUGGUUAUGUUGAUGAAAGGUCAAGAUGUUUAUUUGAUGAAUGUUGGUGACAGUCGUGCCGUUUUAGCUACUCGGAUCGGGAAUCCUCUUCAGCUCACAAUGGAUCAUAGCACUCAUGUGAAAGAGGAGGUUUAUAGAAUCAGACAGGAGCAUCCGGAUGAUCCAUCUGCAAUAACGAAAGGACGAGUGAAAGGUUACUUAAAUGUCACAAGGGCUUUUGGAGCAGGGUUCCUUAAGCAUCCUAAGCAAAAUGAUGCAAUGUUAGAGACUUUCAAAGUUAACUACAUAGGGGAAUCUCCAUAUAUCACAUGCUCCCCUUCACUAUAUCAUCACAGGCUCAACUCAAGUGACAAAUUUCUUAUACUAUCUUCUGAUGGACUUUACCAAUACUUCACCAAUGAAGAAGCAAUGGCUAAAGUAGAGUCAUUCAUCACCAUGUUUCCAGAUAAAAAUCCUGCACAACUUCUCACUGAAGAAGCACUAAGUCAUGCAGCCAAAAAAGCUGGUAUUGAGUUCCAUGAGUUGCUUGAUAUACCACAAGGGGAAAGAAGACUAUACCAUGAUGACAUUUCCAUUGUGAUAAUAUCCUUGGAGGGAAAAAUAUGGCGUUCAUUAUUGUAAAUGUAUCCAUGUGUGUUACAACAACUAAUCAAAAUGAUACUGACCGAGAGUUUUGAGAA